AUGUCUUCAGCAAUCCAGUACAACUGGAUAGAUGGUGCAGAGUCUUUGGAAAACUAUACGGUCGGCGGCUACCACCCCGUCAGUAUAGGCGACAAGCUUCAUGAUCGAUAUCAUGUUGUGGACAAGCUGGGUUUCGGCGGAUACUCGACUGUUUGGCUCGCUCGAGAUCUACUUGCCGGCCGAUACGUGGCACUAAAGGUCGGCAUUUCGGGCUCACAGGCGCCACUUCGUGAGAUCAGCAUCAUCGAGGCUCUUUCCUCUCAAGUGUCCUCCGACCCCUUGAAUACAGACCGAGGAUUGCUACCCUCGAUUCUCGAUAAAUUUGAGAUCGAGGGACCGAAUGGCACCCACUCUUGCUUUACGAUGGCUCCUGCCCGGGGCGAUUUACGAGAAGCCCGGUGCCCGGGGAGGGGUCUAUUUUCCAUCGAGGUUGCUCGAGCACUAUGUGGCGGACUUGCGUUGGCUGUUGCGGAAAUGCACUCUCAGGGUUACAUCCAUGGUGUUAAGCUCCCAUCCAGCUUUGACGAGCUUUCUGUCGACCAGUUCUACAAAGAAUAUGGCCACCCCCAGACUGUCCCCAUUACUCGACGCGACGGGGAACCACUUCCUCCAAACGUUCCAGAGCGUGCAGUUUUGCCGAUCUAUUUAAUCACCCCUGCAAGAGACUUUACGCUCCCAGAUGCCCGAGUCAUCCUCAGUGACUUUGGCGAAGCCUUUUCCCCUUCAGAGAGUCGACUCGGCAAGGAUUGCCACGCACCACUUCCAAUGCAGCCACCAGAGGCUCGCCAUGAUCCCAAUUCGCCAUUAUCUUACUCUGCGGAUACCUGGACACUCGCCCUUUCACUCUGGGGCAUUGUUGGCAUGAAAUCCAUAUUCAGCGAUUUUCUAACGCCCGACGAGCUCGUGGCGGAGCAUAUCGACAUCCUCGGGCCAUUGCCAAAUCCGUGGCGGGAGGGCUGGUUGGCUCAGGAAGCCGAACGGUUCGACCAGACCGGGCAGAGACGGAAUGUCAACCAGAGGCUAUGGUCGUCUCUAGAGGUGGCGUUUGAGGAAGGCGUGCAAAAGUAUCGCCGGAAGCUCAACGCCGGUGCCUUUGAUGAUGAAGAGAAAGGGGCCUUCCUCUCGUUGAUGCGUCAGAUGUUGGUAUAUCGGCCCGAGGAGAGAGUCUCUGCCGAGGAGCUGUUGAGAUCGGAGUGGAUGGUGAAGUGGGCAAUGCCAGCGUUUGAACGUGGUCUAGGGGAACGAGAUGGGAAGAAAGGAAGUUAG